AUGUAUUCAUUAGAUGAAUAUGAUCAAUACUGUGUUUUAGGGAAUUCCAAUUACCAACAUAACGAAAGUGUUAAAUCACUUUGUCGACAUCUUCUAAAAAAUCUAAAUCACAACUCUCAAAUAAAUGUCAAUGAAUCUGUUCCUUGCAAUCAUUAUAAACUUUUGAGUUACUGGUUGUAUAAUCAAAUAGAAAAAGUUUUUACUCCAAGAUUUGAAGAAAUAGAAAGAAAAAAUAUUUAUAAAGAACUUACAAGUAUAUGGAAAGAUUUCGUGAGCUCUCCAUUUAGAAGAAAUUUAAAUAAUUGUCAGCCUGAACCUGUCACUGUUUUUGAUGAUGAUGAUGAUAAUAAUAAUUGGAAAGUGAGAAAGGAAUUUUACGAAUACUGUGAAGAUUAUAACACUCUUAAGAAAAGUUGUACUCAUAGUUUUUCUACUUGCGGUAAAUAUUAUGAUUAUCUUGAAAAUAAAAGUGAUUUGUAUAAUCAGUUCCUUACACUUAAUUUAAAUAAACCCCAGGAUAAAUAUUCAAGUUCUUAUGAAAAAUAUAAAAAAUUUGAUCCUAGGACCCUUUUAGAUAACUUACCAUGCACAUUUGAAAUGUCUCCCGAUGGAAAACUUGAGUAUCUCCACGUCUGGAAGCUCCACGUCAGGCAGCUCAAUAUCAGGCACCUCCAUAUCAGACAGCUCCAUAUGAGGCAGCUCUACAUAAGGCAGCUCCACGUAAGGCAGAUCUACAUGAGGAAGAUCCACAUGAGGAAAAUCAAUAUAAAGCAUAUCCAUACCAGGCAUCUCUAUAUCGGACAACUCCACAUCAGGAAGCUUCAUAUCAAGAAUAUUUGGAACCUGCUGGCGAUGAUCUCGAAACCAGUACUUCGCCUACAGAACGUGCAACUAUCAAUCUUCCUUUAA